CAGCGCCACCUUUGUUUGGACAAUGAUAAGAGCUCGCCUUUAAAGAAUACGUGGCAGUGACGUCAAUAUCUGUGUUAAGACCCGGAUAUUAUUCACAACCUGCACACAGUUCAACCAUCAGAGAGGCAGAGUGGUGAUGAGUUGGUGCAUCCAUGAACACACGUCGGCGUCACUGUCCUAAAAGCAGCCAGAACGGGGUGUACACUGGGCCAUCUCAGACCCAGUCCCAGCUGGUCCAGCAGCUGGAAGCCCCCCUGGCUGUCCCAGCACCCAUCACCCCUAUCGUAGACACAUUCAGCAUGUCCUGCCGAGACCGUACCAGCGAGUUUCAGUCGGCGUGCAAGUCCCUGCAGGGGAGACAGAAUGCAGCACAACCUGUCAGAGCUGUCAACAGUGCAGUUAGACAGCGGAGUGAAUUCACCGUCUUGGCUAAGCGAAUUGGAAGAGACCUCAGCAACACUUUUGCCAAGUUGGAGAAGCUCACAAUCCUUGCCAAAAGAAAGUCCCUUUUUGAUGACAAAGCAACUGAAAUUGACGAACUCACUUACAUUGUGAAACAGGACAUUAACAGUCUAAAUAAGCAGAUAGCUGGCCUGCAGGAAGUCGUUCGAUCACGGGGUGGACAGAAUGGCAGACACCUUCAGACGCAUUCCAACAGCAUCGUAGUCUCAUUACAGGUAUUAACCUCUGGCCUUUCUGCUCAAUCACAAAGAUGUCUAAACUUAAAACAGCAGAGAAGCAGGCAAGAGCAAUUUUCUCAGACUCCUGCCUCGUCCUCCUCUUUCCACACCAACAGCUUCAACAAUUCAGUGCUUAUGCAGGACGACUCCAAGAAGACGGAUAUAUCUAUAGAUAUGGACCUCAGCUCCAGUCAGCAGAUGCAGUUAAUCAGUGAACGGGAUUCAUACAUUCAGAACCGUGCUGACACUAUGCAGAAUAUAGAGUCCACCAUUGUGGAGCUCGGAUCCAUAUUUCAGCAGCUGGCUCAUAUGGUGAAAGAACAGGAAGAGACUGUACAGAGAAUUGAUGCCAAUGUAGAGGACACUCAGCUGAACGUGGAGCUAGCGCACUCAGAGAUACUCAAAUAUUUCCAGUCCGUGUCCAACAACCGCUGGCUGCUCAUCAAGAUGUUCCUAAUCCUCAUCAUUUUUUUCAUCGUCUUUGUGGUUUUCAUGACCUGACAGAUUUCAAGAAUUGGGUGAUUCUCGGUAUUUGAGGAAUGAAAGGGGCUGUUCUCUCAGUCUUCUUUUUUUCUUUUCUCUGCUCUUUCUCUGCUCACUGGCUGCUGAGCUCUGUUAUAGUGAUCUCAAUUCUAUAUAUGCAGGGCAUUUGUCAGUUUGUAGUCGAUUUAAAACAGUUUGUCCAUUUAAAUUUCAAUCUGAUAUGUUUCUGUAUCCGUAGAGCAGACUCUUGGAAAUUAUUGUCUAUAAUUUAGUUUUCUAAAUCACACAGAUUGCAGAGAUAUCCUUGAGUAAUGCCAGCAAUCGUUUCAUGGAUAAAGAACCACCAUUUUAACAAAUUCUGUGUGACUUUUGAUUGUAUUAAUCAUGAUACACACCUUUAGACAUCAUGUGUUCUGAGACCUUUUUAUACAUUUGCAUUUUGUCUCUCUGUUGUCUAAAUAUUAUUUUAGAGAAGACUUUAUUUAGGGGUUAGUUACAGAACCCCUCUUAUAUUCUGCCAGCUGCAGUAGACUACCUAGUCACCUCAAAUGACUUCUACACUUUUAUGGUGACUGACUAGAGGUUUUAAUGUGUGUUCUUUCUAGUUUGGAUUUUGAGAUCGAUUACCCCUUUUGCACAACUUGUGAAUACAGCUAGUUCAGCAGGUGAGAAUUCAGUAUUUGGAGCUGAAUCAUGAAAGUUAUACAAUUCAGACAGGAUUUAUUUUUAAUUUCAUUGGGUGUUUUAAUCAUUCUUCACAAGCUUAUUUGUACACUGCCAUUUUGCCCUUUCAGUAUAUCUCUGUGUACGGUCUCAGGGGGGUCCAUAAGAAUACCGCUUUCCAGAUCUCAACGUAAAUGGUGUUUUUUUUUAGAGAGAAUAGACGCAUUUGUGUUUAACUGGACUUUGAGAUUGGGGGAAAGUCCCACCCCACCAUUUGUGAAAUGCAUACUGAAAAAAAAAGGAUAUAGAAAAUGUAUGCUUGGUUGUAAUGUCUGUUGGUGUUUUUCUUUUUUGCAGUAGCAUAUGUAGUUACUGUUUAAUGAAAGUUCAUGAGAUAAUUAAUGAAAUUAAUUAAAGCUAUUUUUAAAUAAAUAAAAAAAGUGACAUUUUAAAA